GUAAAUCCUGCCGGAGCGCACAGUAUAGUUAUCUAACAGCAAACAGCAGUACGCCAGCGGCACGCGGCGCCGCAUUACGGACUCUGUCAAUAUCGACCGCAAAAAUAUUUAACGAAAAUUAUAAAUAUAAUGCUGUCGAAAAGGUUGGUCAAUUUUUUAAGUAAGUGUCACGUAAAAAGUCAAUUCGAGCAAUGGGUUUCGUUUCAUACUACGAAGGUGUCUAGUUUUCACGCGAUCGGAAGCAAUAACGAUGCUGACCCACCAGUUGGUGCCAGGAACCAAAGAAGAAACUAUUCCUUCAUCCACGACACUAGUUACCUAUUCUACGGACAAGACUAUGAAACGGACGUCGCUUUAUUCGAAAUGUUCAAAAACCAGGAAACUGGACUUCUUCACAUUGGAAAAUUCUUGUCGGCUGUCAAGGCUACGGGUCUCAGAAAAACCGAUCCCAGAUUAAGGGAAAUGAUGGAAAAUCUCAAAAAAUUAUCCAAAACCAAAUCCGAUGGCAACGAUGUUGAUACGCAAAAGUUGAAUUUAGAGCAAUUUAAAAGCAUCGUGCAACCGAAUAUUGCACUUCUAUCCAUGGCAUUUAGACACCAAUUUAUAAUUCCAGAAUUUCAAGAAUUUAGUAAGGAUAUAGAACUAAUUUAUUGGAGAUGCAAGGAAAAUACAAAUGGAACGGUAGCUUCGUACAUUCCGCAAUUAAAACGAAUGAAUCCCAAUUACUGGGGCGUGAGCAUCGUGACAAUAGACGGGCAACGCUACUCAAUAGGGGACGUGAACAUCCCGUUCACGAUCCAAUCCUGCAGCAAACCUCUAUCGUACGGCAUAGCCUUGGACUUGCUCGGAGCCGACGUUGUUCACCAGUACGUUGGCCAGGAACCGAGCGGCAGAAAUUUCAACGAAUUAAUUUUGGAUCACAACAAGAAGCCCCAUAACCCGAUGAUUAACGCCGGGGCGAUUAUCAUUUGCUCGAUGUUGAAGACGAUGUACUCGCCGGAAAUGAGCUCUGCCGAGAAGUUCGAUUUCACAAUGAAUUUCUUCGAGCGACUCGCUGGAAGGGAAGAUCUGGGAUUCAACAACGCUGUGUUCUUGUCAGAGCGCGAAUGCGCCGAUCGGAAUUACGCCCUGGGAUUCUACAUGAGGGAGCACAAGUGCUUCCCAGAAAAUAGUAAAUUUAGGGAAUGCAUGGAUUUUUAUUUCCAGUGUUGUUCAUUGGAGGUCAAUUGUGAUUUAGUUGCUGUAAUGGCAGCUACUUUAGCCAACGGUGGUAUUUGCCCGAUAUCUGAAGAAAAAGUAUUGAAGCCCGAGAGCGUCAGAGACGUUUUAUCCUUAAUGCACAGCUGCGGAAUGUACGAUUAUUCCGGGCAAUUCGCGUUUAAGGUGGGUUUGCCAGCAAAAUCUGGCGUGAGCGGAGCCAUGCUGGUAGUAGUUCCAAAUGUAAUGGGCAUGUGCUUGUAUUCUCCUCCUUUAGACCCUCUGGGAAAUAGUUGUAGAGGCGUGCAAUUUUGCGAGGAAUUGGUAGAAAAAUUCAAUUUCCAUAGAUAUGAUAAUUUGAGACACGCUUCGGAUAAAUCCGAUCCAAGAAAACACAAAUUCGAAACUAAAGGUCUCAAUAUCGUUAAUUUGUUGUUUUCGGCAGCUUCCGGUGAUUUGCCCAGUCUGAGAAGACACAAAUUAUCAGGCAUGGAUAUGACAUUGUCGGACUAUGACGGGCGUACUGCCCUUCAUCUAGCUGCAGCUGAGGGACAUUUGCAUUGCGUGGAAUUCCUGCUGAACUACUGCAAUGUACCGUAUGAUGUAAGAGAUAGAUGGGGCAGGACACCCUUAGAAGAGGCUACUGCGUUCGGACACAAUUCCGUUAUAGAAAUGCUGCAAUUGUGGGCUGAGGAGGAAAAGAAAAAGUCUAGUCAAAACCAAAAAACUCAAGAUGAUCCUUUAAUACCUGAAUUUCUGAGCAAAGAUGAGAAACAUUAGAAUUCAGGUAUCCAGUAUUUAAUUAUGUGCCGUGGCAAUAAUAUUUGAGAGUUAAAUAAAUAUAUUUAUUGUGAAUAAAAUUCUGUUAAGCUGA